UAUCAUCUCUGACUUUUCGUUCGCUUUUCGUCGAACCCCUACACCCUGCCCAGCAUGCCCGUCUUUCCCGCUGCGCUCAAGCCUCAGGCCAGGGCUGCCUACAGAGACAUGCUCAGGUCCGCCCGAGUGACUUUCCAAGGUGACCCUACGCGACAUCAGGCGCUCCUCACAGCCCUUCGAGCCACCUUCUCCUCCCCCACUCUCACUCCUCCCCCGUCUGCUUCAGCAGAGGGUUCCCCGGCGAAGGUGCCCAUUGUGCAAGAGGAGAGCAUAGGCAGGGACGAUGUCGCAAGGAGGAUCAACGAGUGGAAAGAUGUGGCCAAAUUUUUGAGGAAGAAUGUUGUGCAGGGUGUCAAGAGUGACGAUGGCGUCUUCAAGCUGAGGGUGCAUGAAGACACCGAACUGGGCGACAACGCCGACAUUAAAAAGCCCGCAGCGCUCCCCACUACCCCCUUCCCCAACAGAAACCGAAGAAGAUGUGGCGAGGCCGCCCCUUCCGAAUAGACGAUUGUGGCUGGGCCCUGUCGCCAAUGGUAGUGUCGCCUUCUUUGAAUGGUGGAAUGCCUGGCAUGGGGAGAGGGCGCCCCCCUGACCUCUCGCAGGACCAUCUGCCGACGUUUGGGUGUACUAUUACGAUACGGCUUUUAAUGUUAUAGAUUUCACAUCUCAGCUUCUGACCGCGCGCCCAUUCAUGUGGCAUCGGGGUUUCCAGCACAAUUCUUCUUUGGGGUAACUGACACAAUUCCUCAAGCUACAGUGUCUACUAGCUGACUGCCGACAAUGUAAUCGCCCCACCCCGCCAAUC